AUGACCAAGCCCGAAAGCAACACCGCUACUAGCUGCCGCCGCUGCCUCUUCGAUAACGUUGCGCCGCCGGUCCUCCUCUCCGCAGCUAGCUGGCUCCCCAUCCGCGAUCUUCUCGCCCUUGGCACGGUAGACCGCAGCUUUCGAGACCUCACCAAGGAUGAUAUGCUGUGGAAGUUGGCUGCGGUGUUCCUGUUCAGAUCGGCUCUAGUGGACGGGCAGAGUUCGCUGGUUGAAGGUGUCUCCGUUGGUCUCCACAAGGACGCCCCCGGCAACCUCACGCUGCAGGAUAUCUGCCGCUGCAUGGUUGGGGCGUGGCCGACACACAUCGACCGGCAUUGGCGAGCAGACGAGCUCCUGCAAGCUUCGAUAGGUGGCGUUCUGCAGCCCCUCCAGGCCGGUGCGGCAAGCGGCGGCGUCAGCGGCAGCGACGCCGACCCAGAAAACGCUCAACGGGCAGAUACAGCGCUGGCAGCAGGGCUCUGCGACGGCGUCGUGUUCAGGGGGGGGCUCGGAGGCGAUCGAGCGGUAAGGGCGAACGUGCCGUUCCCUUGGGCCGGGUGCGGGCGCACGCGGAGCCAACGUCCACGUGGGGCAGACAUGUCUCGCGGAUCCAGCCUAGUCAAGAUGGAGCUGACGACGUACGACAGGGCGAAGGCGGCAGCGGCGAGGACGGCCGCGGUGGAAAUGUCGGGCACGGCGGGCUGGUCGACGAGAACGAGAAAAGACAAACAACCCGGCUGGGACCGAAACAGCUGGGGGCUUCACUCGGACGAUGGCUGCUUUCACCAUCGCGGUGCUAUCGCGCUUUCUGCCACGGCAGACCCGACAACCUUCGGCCCCGGGGACACCGUAGGCUGUGGCCUGCUCUACCCGCGGGGGCUAGCGCACUACGAGCAUUGGCUCUCGGGCCGUGGCGGCGCGUUGCCGACAGCCGGCGAGAACGACAGCGGCGGCAGCAAAGGGGCGAUCUUCUUCACCAAGAAUGGCCGCUACCUUGGAAUGGCAUCCCGUCGGGUGAACGUCAAGAGACCGCUCUAUCCGUGUGUCGGGCUCGACAGCCACUGCUGCGUGGCUGUCAACUUCGGCGCCAAGCCUUUCGCGUUCGACGUACCCGCGUUUGAGGCGCUCUUUACUGGCGCGGCGCUAGGCUCUGCUCCCCCUGUGCGGGAGCGCAGGUGUCAUACGGAUGACAUAAAGAAGGUGUACUCUGGCAGGAACGGCUUCACCAACCCCCGCGUUCUCUGCCCGCACCUGCGGCUGCAGCCGCCUGUGGAUGAGGAGAGACAGAAUGAUGCUCGAGUCCCGAAGACAACGAGGAAUGUUCCCAAGGGAGUCGGGGUCCUGGCGUCGGAAAGCGAACUUCUGCGGCGAUCCCUGAAGUCCAUAAGAUUGUGA